UCUUUGUUUGGCUUUGUGCCUGUAGAAAACCGGAAUGAGAUGGCUAAUUAUAGGACGUUUUCAACAAGAUUUGUCUGUGUUUGUCUGUCGACUGUUUCGACCCAAAAGAUCACCAUAUCUAAUGCUCUCUUGAGUCACAAGAUUAGACUCAAGGGCUUAAAGUGUGAAUUUAAACGCGAUUUUGAACAUAACAUGAUAAAUGUUCUAGGUUAUAGAGUAAUGAUGCUUGUAAGUCAGCUAGGCGGCAAUAGGGAGAGAAAUGAAACUCUUCUCAAUGUCGACCUGUCAGUGACGAAAUUAGCAAACAACUAGUUUGACUUCCGGAGUCGUUCAAAACUAUGCAACCAGACUACAUUUAUAAAGUAAUAACGUUAUAAUCUGCAUUCAACCACGAUACUGAAUAAAUAGUAAAUUUCCGGUAAGAAUAACCAUACUCGCAUCAGUGGCUGCUACUCGCCCCUUGCCCAAUCCUCCUUUCUCGUUAUCCUCCCACUCCUCCCCUAUGACAUUUGCAAUCAACGCAAACACAGUAAAGGUGUUCUCCAUCUGGAAAAAUGUAGCUAUCUAUAGAGCAAAACCCACUGCACAGUCGCCAUGUACACAUACAUUCAACAAAUUUGUUUAAUCUUGUUUUUUUCUUCCUUUAUACCGUCGGCGUUAAGUCUCCGGUGCUACAGAUGUGCUAGCUGGAGUUCUUGGAAGGAUUGCGAGGAAAGACUCGAAGAGUUCACUUGUCCCGACGAACAUGACGAGAGGUGUCUGAAAGCUACCUAUAAUCACAAGCUUCACAUGAGGAAAACGUUCACAAAAUUCUGCGAAAAAGCAGAACAGUGCACUGAGCAUACCAACCCAAUAUGCAUUGCGGCCAAGUCACAGAAUGCCACAUGCGAAAGUUACUGCUGUGAUCAUGACUUGUGCAAUAUCGGAUCAUAUGCUAUAACCAGCGGGAUGCUGCUGGUCGCAUGCGCUCUGGUAUCAGUGGCUGCUCUUUUUGGUGGAAAUAACUUCAAUAUUUUCUUGAGAGCUGAGUAAACCCAUCUUGGUGAACGGCUGAUUUCAAUAAAACUAUCCAACUUAAAAUUAGGAAGGUAAUGUAAGUGAACAUUAGAUAUCAAAUAGAUUCAACCUCUGUAACCUUCCAUUUUUAAACAUUAUGAAUGACUAUUUUUUAAUGUAGCAACGAUCACAUUGUCGCACAAGCGAGAUAUCCGUGGAUGAAGGUAGACCAGCCUGUAUGCGAUGAUGUAACUUUAGGAUCACGAGUAAUAAUGGGUGUAUGUGUUAUUUAAGAGCCCACCUUGAUAUUGUAAAGGGCGUGACUCAUCGGAAUAAAAAUUACCCUUACAAGUA